UCGCGUCAGUCGAAGGGAGGCGUUGCAAGGUAACGUGAAUGCCGUGCUGCCGAAUGCAUGCCAGUAUCGUGUUUACCUCUCGUGCUAGAUUCGAAUUGAACCAAGUGACAGACGUCGUUCUUAGUGCUUGAUUUAGUACGGGCGCGUGUGAAUGUGUUUGCGACGAGAUCAGAAAGGGAAACAGUAGUGUGCCAAAUCUGGCCUGGGGCCAAGGUGAAAGCACUUGCGUGCAGUGACAAACAAUUGCUGCGUUGUUCCCACUAUUCUGGCUACAACUUCGCCUGCGUCACAGACAGUGAAGGUAAAGUGGAUUUUACCUCUCUGGGUUAAAGUGCGCAGCACAGCACGGACCCACCCAUGAUGGCUAAUAUCGACGAGGCGGUUGUGAAGUCUAAGCGACCUGCAGACAGCGCCUUCAAACAGCAACGGUUGGCAGCAUGGCAGCCGAUAUUGACAGCCGGCACAGUGCUACCAACGUUCUUCGUCAUCGGCAUCGCCUUCAUCCCUGUCGGUAUAGGUCUGCUGCACUUUUCGUACGAAGUAAAGGAAUUCACACUCGAUUACACAGAGUGUAAGGAGUACCUGCCGGACAAGCGAGUACACGGCUCAGAAAGAUGCUCCGACGUCAUCGACAAGAACCGGACGUGCAUCUGUCAGGAGGACUUCACACUCACCGAAGAAUUCGCCGGCAAGGUGUACAUGUACUAUGGGCUGUCCAAUUUCUACCAGAAUCACCGGCGGUACGUAAAGUCGCGUGACGACAACCAGCUGUUGGGCCAACUCGAUCAGCCUCCCUCCAAGGACUGCAGCCCGUACGACUACACGAACGACACUACCAACAAAAUGCCUAUAGCCCCCUGCGGUGCUAUCGCCAAUUCACUCUUCAGUGACAAACUGACGAUUCUUUCACACCGGAUGGACAAUCAGGAAGUCCCAAUGCUGCGCAAGGGAAUCGCCUGGCCGUCUGACAAGCAAAUCAAAUUUCGCAACCCACCUGCACCCAACGGAAACUUGUCUGCAGCCUUCCAGGGUUACGCCAAACCCCUCCGCUGGGCCAAACCCGUCUACGAGCUCGAUCCAGACGACCCGGAGAACAACGGUUUCCAGAAUGAGGACCUCAUUGUGUGGAUGAGAACUGCAGCGUUGCCCGAGUUCAGGAAGCUCUACCGGCUCGUCAACCAUAAUGCAACCGGUUACGUCGAUGGGCUACCUCGUGGUAACUACACUCUAAGAGUUCAAUACAACUACCAAGUAAACGCCUUUAAUGGCACCAAAUACAUGAUAUUAUCAACUACGUCGCUACUAGGUGGAAAAAAUCCGUUUCUUGGCAUUGCCUACAUAGUCGUAGGAUCCGUCUGCCUUUUUCUGGGCAUAGUGUUCCUGUUCAUCCAUGUAAAAUGUGGAAAGAGCACCUCGGAGAUGAUAAACGUAAAUCCCAGGACUCCGUAUCAGUAGAUGUAAUGUGGACAGCAACAUAAUUUUCUGUAAAACAGAAGAUCUCAUUGAUGUUUCUGUGUGUGCGAGUUUUUUCCUACGCGGUGGUGCUAGCAAAGCUUUAGCAGUUGCAGGAGGCCUUUCAGUUUUUUAGUAACUCGCUUACAGUGCUCUGUGUACAAAAGCAGCAGCCUCUUAAUGAAAUUUGAUUUCAUGUAAUUAGAUGCAAAGUCCAUUUAUUUGCUAGUGUGUUUAAAUAAUGUUGAAUGUUAAUAAUUCAUCGCUACCUCGCCCGCAUCUAAUGUGUGUUGUUCGUGUUCUGCACAGCAUUCUGUGAUAGAAAUAUGCAAGAUUGAGAGCUUUUAUUUCUCAACCAAAGUAUUUAAUUUUACUACAGAAGUAUUAAGUAUUUUAUGGUUUGUAUAUAUGAGAGACUGCUCUGUGCAGCAAUGUUGCAUUUUGUAAGUGAAAUUUAAUGUUUCGAAAUUCUGAUAGUGUAUUUUUGUUUUAUAUAUUUGUGAAUAUACUUGUUGAAAAUAUAAAACAAUGUCACAAGCCAUGUGUUAUAUCUCUUGGUUCUUUUACAUUUAUGGGAAAAACUUUAUUACUUCUACAGGUCAGUGAGACUACUGUGCUGAAAUUGCAAAAUAAUUAAGGUAUUUGCAAUAAAUUACAAAAUCUGAGUCAUACUCACAAAGCCUACAUAAGAUAUUCCCACUACAUAGGAUUUACAGCAACUGACUGAAUGCACUUAAGUUACCAAUAACUGAAUACUAUCUGUCAAUUGUUACAAUUAAACUUAAUUUUUUACAUCCAUCUUAUGUUGUUAUUCGUAAGAGCAAGGCAAUGUCUGAUUACCUUAAUAUUUUCCCCAUAACUUACAAAAUUCUUUAUAUGGUAGACCACAUGCAUCAGAUCUGAACUAGUUCUGGUUUACUGAUAUUUUACAGUAAAACCUGAAUAGUGUAUGUUUCAUGUAUGCAUAUUCUUGAUGUGACGGAUGUUUAUGAUCUGUAGUUAAAUUAUUGUUUAUUUGCAGAAUGCCAAGGCAGUGUGUGUGUGUGUGUGUGUGU